GCAUACCUAGUAUAUCAUCGCUAUCGCAAUACGAAGAACCAAUUACCAAAUACUUUCUUUAGUUAACUUAAUCAAUUAACAAACAAAACAAAACAAAAUCAAUCCUCCCACCUAUUUUCAUGUACCAAGUAAUCUUACCUACUACCUUACUUUGAUCUCAAUAGUUCCACUCGUUGAAGAUCAUUCCAUUCGUUUUCAGCGUUCUUCUCCGUUCAUAACAGACAGUCAGUACACCCCUUUCGCUCUUUCCCAUUGAAACUUUCGACCGAAUGCAUUCAAAUCCAUAAUAUCGACACUCGCAAAACUUCCGAAGAGAUAAGGGAUUGAGGAAACCUUGGAAAUCUUCAUCAGCUGGAGGCAAUUACUUCUAUGGUCCGAUUUACCUCGCAUCUCACCUCAUACAUAUACAUCUACACUCGUAAUCUUAAUCAUCGCAAAAUAUCGAAAAGAUAAGGGAUUGAAGAGAUCACCCUAUCAAGCAUACCAACCACCCUUCCCUUCGUCCACCCAACUCACCUCGUCGCUCAAUACCUCUCGUCACCUCGAUACCUUUUUACCAAUUUCAAUCGAUUCCCAUUCUCCUCAUGGGUAAAUGGCGAUAUGGUGUGAUCCUGGACGCGGGUUCGUCAGGAACUCGAGUUCACAUCUAUAGAUGGCUUAACAGUGCCAAAGCAUUACAGAAUCCCGAUGCUCUCACCCUAAAAAGUUUGCCCAAGUUGGAAACCAACAAGAAAUGGACGAAGAAGAUAAAGCCAGGCGUAUCGACGUUCGGCGAAAGGCCUCAAGAUGUUGGUCCAGAACAUUUACAACAGCUCCUCGACCACGCUCUCGAUGUCGUCCCGAAAGAUCAAGUGUCCGAUACACCAAUAUUCUUAAUGGCAACAGCGGGUAUGCGAUUACUACCUCAAGUUCAACAAAAUGUACUUCUAUCCGAGAUUUGCGCCUAUGCUCAAAAGCAUACAAAGUUCGACUUGCCAGAUUGUGGUUUACAUAUCCAAGUUAUCCCCGGUGAAACGGAAGGACUAUAUGGAUGGAUCGCUGCAAAUUAUCUACUCGGAGGUUUCGAUACACCAGAAGAACAUGCCCAUGGCAAGGGACACCAUACAUAUGGAUUUUUAGAUAUGGGUGGAGCGUCAGCGCAAAUUGCAUUUGCGCCCAAUACUACCGAAGCCGAAAAACACGCAAAUGACCUCAAGUUAUUACGAAUGCGGACUAUGAAUGGACAACCCGCAGAAUAUAAAGUUUUCACGACGACAUGGUUAGGAUUUGGUGUCAACCAAGCUAGACAUCGUUACGUCGAAAGUUUAAUGGAUGCUUCUUAUACCAAGGAUACCAAAGAAUUGCUCGACCCAUGUCUUCCAGCUGGCCUCAAAACGACCUUGGAUGGAGAUAUUGUUGACGGUUUGAAAUCGCCGAGAAAAGAUCCCAUCUUAUUAGGUACCGGUCGCUUCGAUCAAUGCUUAGCAGCGACAUAUCCCUUAUUAGAUAAAGACGCCCCUUGUGCCGACCAACCUUGCUUGCUUCACGGGCAACAUGUUCCUGCUAUCGAUUUUGAUGUCAACCAUUUCGUUGGAGUUUCUGAGUAUUGGCAUACAACUCAUGAGGUUUUUGAAAUGUCACACAAAGAUAGAGCCUAUGAUUUCACGAAAUAUCAAGCUUUGGUAAAAGAUUUUUGCAGUGAGGAAUGGGAUGACAUUGAGAAAGAGGUCAAGAAGAAGAAAUGGGGAAAGAAGGUAGAUGCCAAGACAGCGCAAGAAGUUUGCUUUAAAGCUUCAUGGCUAAUCAAUGUUCUUCACGAUGGAAUUGGAGUACCGAGAGUCGGAUUGGAGAAGCCAGGACCAAAUUAUAAUGCGACGAAGGAAAUGAUGCUUCACUCGAAAGGCAAAGGUUUCUUGGAUCCAUUUCAAGCAGUCGAUAAGAUUGAUGGAGUAGAAGUCAGUUGGACAUUGGGAAAGAUGAUAUUGUAUGCAUCUGGUCAAGUUCCCCCAGCAAGUGAGGACGCUUUACCAGUCGGCUUUGGUAGCAAUACUUUGGGAGUCCCCACAGACUUUCAAUUGGCUGGCUCGAAUGCAAAUCCCGUAACUCAAGACGACGAUGAUUGGUCUGAUGCAGCCGAUGAUCUCAUUGAAAAGGCACAUUCUCGAUCCACUCCUGGGCUUCUCUUAUUUUUCUUUCUUGUAGUAGUCUUUGCUUAUCUAUUCCGCAAGAGGGAUAGAAGGCUUCGGUUAUAUAGAGGUGUCACUACAAUUAUACGUCGGAACCGUCGACCAGGUAGCCCAAAGAAAGGUUCUCGUGGUUUCUUCGGCACAGGAAAGUUAUUCGGAUCUCGAGGCUCCACUAGUUACGAACGGGUAUUGGAAGAUGGUGAUGCCGCUGCUGAGUUCGAAUUGGGUGACAUUGAUUCAUCCGAAGAAAACGACAAUUCGGAUGGAAGUGAAGGAUCUCGAGUAGGAAGAUCUUCUGGAUUGGCAACUCCAAAGUUGAAUGUGGUUAAUUUUGAGGCGGCCAAUUAUUUCGAUAAUAAUUCGCAGCAUGGCCAAGGUGUUGGCCUUGGUCUGGGAAGCGGCAUUCCAAAUGCAUGGAGUAGAAGUGGUCUGGUAGUCAGAACGGAAAGUCGGGAAAGAUUGGCUCCUACUUUGCAUUCCUUGGGUGCAGGAAGAAGAAGUAGAACGGGUAGUCCAACAAGGAAAAGUCCGUUAAUGACGCCGCUCGAAGAGUCAUGACACGAGAAUCCGAGAAUGGAUGAAUCGACAGACCAGUGAAUGAGGAAACAUGUUCCAAUUCGAAACUGGGGAGCUUCUCUCUUUAUCCUUAUUUUAUCAUAUAUUCUUCUUUUAGCAUGGCGCUUUUACUUGGAAUGCAAUGGGAUUUGAAAAAUGGCGUUGGGAAUGAUGGAUGUUGCUGAUUGAGUAUAAAUGACUGCAAGCUUGGCUUGACAUAUGGCGCAGCUUGUGGAUAUUAUGGCUAUUACAGAGAAGGACUUUUGUACAUACAUAUUCUCUAGGAUACGCAUGGGAUUACCAUUGCAAUCUUGAGACAGCGAUCGCGAAUAGAUGGAUGGUAUAUCUGUACUGCACAUAGAGUAUGAGAUGAGAGGCAUUAUCAUAGUAUGCCGAUGAAUUAAUUAAUUCAGUUGAUAUAUA